GUGCGGUUCAGGAAGAAACCGUACGAUGACAGACGUAAGUGCUAACCUUAAAUCUGAUUGAUUCGAUUUUAUUCAAAUUUUCGAAUCGAUUCGAAUCGAGACCAAAAAGUCACAGCAGCUGUCACAGCCCCAAAUAAAUGCCAAACCUCUCCCCACGAAGACACCAAUUGCAGUGAGACACCAAGACCAAAGACACCCCUUGGAUCCCCACGAAGACACAUCUUUUUCUCUUCAGCAGAAAGCACCAAAACACCCGAGGACCAAGAGGGAACAAUAAGAGAGAUAGAGCAUGAUCCGAUCGAUAGCUGCCAACAGGUUGAGGAUAUGUGGCGGGAGAAAAAGUUCUCCUAUUCUGGCCAAGCUACCGGUUCGACAACAACCCCAGAGUGUGGGAGCCGAAAGAAGUUACGUGACGGGGUAUCAGUACCGUUCUGCGAAUAAGUACUCCUCGGUUGCGGCCUUGGACGAUGAAGUUCGAAGCUACGACACCAUUCCAGAGGAUGUCAUGGAGCUGGUGGAAGAGUACUGUCAAAAGAAACAAACACCAGUGUCCAUGCAUGCACUCGUCAAAGCAGGGAGACACAGUGCCGAUAAUGAUAAUCUCAUGAGAAACGGAAGUCUGAAUCAAUACAGCUCUGCUUCUGGAAAAGUUCUGAUCCAGGCUGCCAACUUUUUAUGCGAUGAACUACCCGUACGGCUUGCACAUCGCAUCAAUGAUCUGGACAAAGUACCAUUCAUGAGAGACAUGCCCAGUGUUCAGUUGGUUAAGGGUAUCUACAUUAAUUCCUUUGUAGACUUGGUCCGAUACGGCAGCAUUGCCACCAACGAGGAUGAGGCAGCCUUUGCCCACUUUUUAAACAAAAAGUACGAAAAACAUGCCAAUGUACUGAUUCAAAUGGCACGGGGAGCCUACGAGUUGCGCCAACAACAAAACGACCAGGUGGAGUUUUCGCAGUUGCAGGACUGCCACGAGUUCUUGGAUCGAUUCUACAUGUCGCGAAUUGGUAUUCGAGUCCUGGCCGGGCAAUACCUGGCUCUACGACAAACUCCACUACCGGAUUACAUUGGGAUGAUAUGUCUACGGACGUCUCCCUACGAACUUGUGCGACAGGCAGCAAGAGAUGCCACCAAGAUGUGCCAACGAAAAUACGGGGAAGCACCCGAGGUGCAAAUCAACGGACGCACAGAUUUGACAUUUCCCUACAUUCCCACCUACCUGCAUUACAUCCUUUUGGAACUGCUCAAGAAUGCCAUGCGAGCCACUGUGGAACGGCACAGCGAUGCUACUGGUAGAGCUUUGCCUCCUGUGCAGGUCAUCGUCGCCGAUGAGCAUGACAAUGAAGAUGUCGUAAUUAAGGUCGCCGACGUUGGUGGUGGAAUCCCACGCAGCAACUUGAAGAAAGUCUGGUCUUAUUUAUUUACUACGGCAGAUCCAAAGAUCCAAGAAGAUUUUAUUGGCGAUCGCGACCACGAUGCCCAAAAUUCACCCUUGGCUGGAUUGGGAUUUGGGCUCCCAAUCAGCAGAUCGUAUGCCCGUUACUUCAACGGGGAGCUCACAAUCAUGAGCAUGGAAGGGUGGGGCACUGAUGCGUACGUUCAUUUGGCGCGUUUAGAAGACCCAGACCAGGAAUUCUCGUAGCUGAGAAAAGUGGAAUCAUUGUGUGGAUCAAAUCAUUCGUCUUGGUUGUGACCACCCAACCAAGCAUUGCUGACGACUUCUUCGGCCAAGGCAGGUAGCGCAACCCAAUUUUCAAACUCUUACGAAUAACCUAACCAAUCUGGUUACUCCUUCUUC